AUGGACACUCCUUCGUCAUCAACCGUCAGCGCACCAGGGCGCCAGAAACGCGUCCUACCUUCAAGAUCCAGGCGAGGAGGACCAGGUGUGGGGAACUGUGACUCAGACGUACUGAUAUUGGAGACUUACAAACGUCAAUACGAAAUCGAGCCCCUCAUCCCACUGAGCACCCCAUUCCUACUUUCUACCAAAGCCGACGCCGCUAAGAAUACUGAAUCUGCUAAUGAGGCUGGGAUCCACAUCAAUGUUGUCGCAAAUGAACGGUAUUUCGCGCGCCCGGAAGUCCUGAAAGCCUUCCGCGAGCAGCAACUCAUACAAACCCCCGAAUACGAGAGUAUUGGAGAGUCUUCCUACGUUGGAACACGUACAAGACCGAGACCUGAAGAUGCCACAGUCGAUACUUCUGAUGCUGCCUAUGAAAAACGCCAUAGGAAGUUUGAGACGCUUGAAAAGCGCCAGCGCUUACGCGAGAAGGAGAAACUCAAACAUGAGCAUUACAAAUUGAAAGAAAGGAUCGAGCAACUCAGGGCUAUGGACAGCGCUGCUUUCAUGACACUUCCGGCUUCUUCAUUCUCACCGGCACCCCCACAAGCAACUGCCGAGUUGGACGAUCUUAUUACCUCUGGCAGUCCAUAUGCGCAAAUCAAUGGCGUCGUAUCCAACUCCGAAGGGGAAAGACGCAGAAAAGAAAUGCUUGAAACUGCUUACAAGCUUGAAAAGCGAUAUGCUUAUCUACUUCCUCCCGACCGUGUUCGAAAAACAGCUGAUACACCAAACGAGUCUGGCGCAAAACUUCCUUCAGAUAUACGUGAUGGGGAAGAAUCAGAUACCGAAAAGAUACCCUCAAAUGCCUCGUCGAGAAGGGAAGAAAGUAUGAAACUUCGCAUCCCUGCGAGGUCGAGUGCAUCAACUACUCCUGCCCCUUCUCCAAAGCCAGUCGCACCAAAAAAACCAAGAGCAAGCGCAGUUGUUCCCAAGCAACCAAAUUCUCGUUUAGUGAGAGGAAGUGUCACCACCCCUGCCCCUCAAGAGCAAGAAACUCCGCCACCCGCUCAAUAUAACGAUGUCGAGAUGAAUGAACCUGACAACGUACGCCCUUUAACUCCUGCCCCUCCUAGUUCAUUCGACUAUGAUCAUCUGCCGAACACCCCACUGUCUAACGUUCGUGGUGCCUCAAAUACAGCCGAACCAGAAGUCCAUGACCAUAUGCAAAAUGGAAAUGAACAAGAUCACCGGUCUGUCCCUCCACAGGUUGUAUCGCCCAUUCUACCCUCAGCCAAACCUUUCAUUCCGUCCGGAGGGCAAGAUGUCGAUAUGGCCGAUGAUGGCGAAUCGGAGAAGGCCCCCUCCGAGGAUGAGGCAACAGAAGAAACAGAACAUGUUCUAGAGCAGCAGGUACCACCUGAGCCAGAACAUGCACCUGAGCCACAAGAUGAGCAGGAGCCACCAGCUGAACCUGAACCAGAGCUUCAACCAGAGCCUCGGUCAGAGCUUGAAGCUGAAUUUCAACCCGAGCCUCAAGUGGAGCCACGUCCAGAGCCUGAACCAGAGCCAAUUCUGCCUGCGCCUAAGAAAAAGCGAGGCCGCAAAAAGAAAGUCGUUCUUGAGCAGCUACCAGCGCAACAACAAAUCGAAUCCCAGGAGGUCCGAGACCUGUCCACAAUGUUGCAAAAUGCUACAGUCGCAGAACCAUCUCAAGUUCCUGCGGAUGCAUCGAAGCAGCAGGAGACUUUCCCACAACCUGUGCCUGAAAUGGAGUCGAUUUCAACCACGUCGAAGCGGCCGUACAAACGCAAAAAGCUGUCAGCAGUCGCCGUAGAGCCAUCCGCUCGUACACCUUCUGCUCAACCUGCUGAAACCGCCUCUACAGCCGGCCCUCGCAAGUAUCUCGGAGCAAGAGGGAAACCUUAUACGACUUACACCAACUCGGCAGGCGAGAAGGAGACAACUUUUUGUCUUCUUCUCAUGGCUGCUAUUCGGAAAGGAACACGGACCACCGACUCAGUGAGGCAUACCACAUCAUUCGGAAUCGAGACCCCAAAAUUCACGCAGAUAGAUUUUGAGAUCCCCGAGUGGAUUCACUUCCCUGAAAGUGAACCAGGCACUCCUCGCGUUGCUCAACCUGAUCCUCAUCGGGAACCCACAGAGUUUUCCCUAAACAACUCUGCUCUGCCUAUCGAUAAUGCAACACAAGCUGAUGGGAACCACGAAGGCAUGCCAAUGGACGUCGAUACAGCCGAACCUGUCGCACCAAAACCAACUGAACAGGAAUAUAAUGAGCCCUUUCAAGAGCGAGGAGAUAAACAGGUGGAUGUGCCUGAUGAACAUUCCAUGGAGGAGGCAAACACCCUCGAGAGAAGUGACGAUGCCGUUCAGGCUGAUGCGCCCACUGUGGCUCCAGAACUCGAACACAAAGACGUGCUUCCAGACGACGAGAACGAUACGACUACUCCAGCACCAGAGGAUAUGGAAUCCGAAACUGAUUCUCGCAUCAGGCCUAGGAUAUUAUCCCGACCUGUAGACGACGACGAAGAUGAACUACUCGAAUGGUGA